UACCAUUAGAAAGGGACAUAAAUCAUCUGUUGCCAAUCUCAACCACGCGAAAAUCAUGCGCAAGUCGUAACAGUUCAUCCCAGACUUAUCCUGACUAUCUGCGGCCUUGAGCCUCGAUACCUACCAUCGCCAUGAACACUCGACCAGCUAUCGAGAGCUCGAGUAAUCCGGUCAGCCUUGCGGCGAGCUUCAACUCAGACGCCAGUUGCUUUGCUGUUGGACUCGACACGGGCUUCUGCAUCUUUAACUCGGAUCCAUGCCAGCUGCGAGUCUCUCGAGAUUUCAACGCCGGGAUAGGUGCCGCUCAAAUGCUUGGGAAAGCCAAUUUCAUUGCACUCAUUGGUGGUGGUAAACUUCCCAAGUUCCCGCAAAAUAAAGUCAUUAUUUGGGACGAUGCAAAGCAGAAAGUUGCUAUACAACUACCCGUCCUUACUGCGGUCCGAGGAGUUCGACUUUCGAGAAGCCAUAUAGUGGUUGCGCUUCAGAACAGUGUCCGGGUCUACAAAUUCCAGAGCCCGCCAGACCUUUGGGCCGCCUUUGAGACUGCUGACAAUCCUCUUGGUCUUUGUUGUCUGACCUCGAAGACGUUAGCCUUCCCUGGAAGAACACCCGGACAAGUUCAAUUAGUUGAAUUGUCAUCAGGGAAUGUUAGCAUCAUACCUGCUCAUGGUUCAUCUCUACGAGCUAUUGACAUCAGUCAAGAUGGCGAGGUCUUGGCUACUGCGAGCGAAACUGGCACCUUAAUCCGUGUUUUUGCCACCAGCAAUUGCGCUCGUAUAGCAGAGUUGAGACGUGGUGUCGACCACGCUACCAUCUUUGCUUUGGCUAUUUCACCAUCCGGGCAGCUCCUAGCUGUCACUUCGGAUAAAUCUACUCUUCAUAUAUUUGAUGUCCCUCAUCCAUCCAAACCUGUACGAAAUGAGACAACCAAUGCGAAUCGAAGACUCACGACAAUGGGCAACGGAGGAGGAAGCCCUGUUCUGAGUGACAGUGACACUAGCCAGAAAUGGGGAAUACUAGGACGAAUUCCUUUACUACCUCGAGUCUUCUCGGAUGUUUACUCCUUUGCGUCUGCUCACUUUGAAAUCGGAGAUGAGCUCUUAUAUGGAAGCACAACGCCUUUGAAUAGCGAAGCGGCUUUCCGACCACCAAAAGGUAUCAUCGGUUGGACUAGUGACCAUAGCAUCGUCGUGGUUGGAGCCGGUAGAGAUGGCAGAUGGGAGAAGUUUGUCAUCGCUGAGGGUGAGGAUGGCAAACGGUAUUGUGUCCGAGAUGGAUGGAAGAGGUAUCUCGGUGCAAAUUGAUGCUUCUUGCACAUAUCAGUCUCAUUUAGCGCGGCGUACGGGGUUUGGAUCACACGGUAGAGUAUUGAAGGAUAUGGGCAUAUUUGAUUUCUGGGAGACUGUUUUUGGCGUGGCUUUUGAGCAUUUAGAUGUCCAUGGGGGACUGCAUAGCAGCUGCUGAAGAGCAUUCUAUGAAUCCAUUUCUGAUCUAUACAACCCA